AUGGCAAGGCCUGCACUAACAGUAAGGUAUGUAGAAAAUAUGGUCCUGAUUAUAGGAGCAGGUCCCUGUGGCUUGCGCACUGCCAUUGAGGCUCAACUUCUUGGUGCAAAAGUUGUGGUGGUGGAGAAGAGGGACCGCUUCUCUCGAAAUAACGUCUUGCAUCUCUGGCCUUUUGUCAUCAAUGACCUCAAGCAGUUGGGGGCUAAGAAAUUCUAUGGCAAAUUCUGUGCAGGAUCAAAACUCCGGUCUUGGAAAGCACAAGCAAUAUGGAGUAAAUUUGAUAAACGGUCUAGUCAUAAAUGCUACAAUCAUGGCAAGGCCUGCACUAACAGUAAGGUCCUGAUUAUAGGAGCAGGUCCCUGUGGCUUGCGCACUGCCAUUGAGGCUCAACUUCUUGGUGCAAAAGUUGUGGUGGUGGAGAAGAGGGACCGCUUCUCUCGAAAUAACGUCUUGCAUCUCUGGCCUUUUGUCAUCAAUGACCUCAAGCAGUUGGGGGCUAAGAAAUUCUAUGGCAAAUUCUGUGCAGGAGCAAUUGAUCACAUCAGUAUACGGCAACUUCAAUGUAUACUGUUGAAGGUAGCAUUGCUGUUAGGUGUGGAAAUUUAUGAAAAUGUAAGCUUUGAAGAGCUCACAGAACCUCCAGAGGACCAGAAUGAAAAAAUUGGAUGGCGAGCCAGACUCAGCCCCCCAGACCAUCCUGCCAAUCAGUACGAAUUUGAUGUCCUCAUUGGCGCAGAUGGCAAAAGGAACACAUUACAUGGAUUCAAGAGAAAGGAAUUCCGUGGCAAAUUGGCCAUUGCUAUUACAGCAAACUUCAUCAACAAACGCACAGAACUCGAGGCUAGAGUGCAGGAAAUCAGUGGAGUAGCUUUCAUCUUCAAUCAGAAAUUCUUCAAGGAGCUAUAUGCAGCUACUGGCAUUGACCUGGAGAACAUUGUGUACUACAAAGAUGAAACACACUAUUUUGUGAUGACGGCAAAGAAACAGUCACUUAUUGAAAAAGGAGUCAUUUUACGCGAUCUUCAAGACACUCAACAACUUUUGCAUCCAAGCAACGUAGACCGGAAUGCUCUCAUGGAAUAUGCCCGUGAGGCGGCAGACUUCUCCACAAGCUACCAGCUGCCACAUCUGGACUUUGCUGUGAAUCACUAUGGCAAGCCUGAUGUGGCAAUGUUUGACUUCACGUCCAUGUUCGCAGCGGAAAAUGCUUGCAGGAUGGUGGAGAGGAGAGGACAUAAGCUCCUCUCCGGGCUUGUAGGUGACAGCUUGCUAGAGCCUUUCUGGCCGACUGGGUCAGGCUGCGCUCGAGGCUUUCUAAGCAGUUUCGACGCUUGCUGGAUGAUUCGCUCAUUUUCAUCAGGGAAAAUGAUGCCUUUAGAGGUGCUUGCAGAGAGAGAGAGCAUUUAUCGGCUUCUUGCACAGACUACUCCCGAAAAUCUCAGUAAAGAUCACUCUUCAUAUAGCUUGGAUCCAGCGUCAAGAUACCCAACCAUUAACCUGCGCGCGGUGCUUCCCUUCCAAGUGCGCACUCUGUUCAACACUGACGACCCUGUUCAUCUGGAGGAGAUAACGAACCCGCAUCUGGUCAAUAAUGAUGAGUUGCCGAAGAAGAGGAAACGUAGAGAUUCAUUUAUACAUCCUGAUACCUUACUCAUUUGGUGCAAGAAACAAGUGGCGCUUUAUGACUCUGUCAGUAUUGACAAUAUGACCACCUCCUUUAAGGAUGGUCGGGCUUUGUGUGCUAUUAUUCAUCGCUACCGUCCUGACUUGAUUGAUUUUGAGGCUCUGCGACCUGAGGAUAUUGCUCAAAAUAAUCAGCUAGCAUAUGAUAUCUUGGAGAGGGAUUUUGGCAUCCCACCAGUAAUGACUGGACGAGAGAUGGCAGAGUGUGAGAUUCCAGACAAAUUAAGCAUGAUUUCAUAUGUCUCUCAAAUCUAUGAUGUCUUCCGAGGGGAAAUUCCCCACAUAAAACAUCCAAAAAUGGAUGAUGGAGAGAUGGAAAUUGAACAAUCCCACAUCCAACACAGCACACCUCAUGUCAAUAUUUUGAAAAAUCUCACAAACAAAACCGCCAAUGUGUCUCAGGGUACGCCAACCUCUAAGAAGAGAUCAACAUUAGAAAGAGGAACUCCUAAAAGAGAUGAUGGUCGCAUCACGUGUCGCCUGGUGGAGGAUGCGGGUGGCCAAGGUGGGAAGUCAGACACACUCAAGAAGACAAAGAAACGAAGGAGUGAUAGGGUUGUAUCUCCACAGGACGAUCCUGAGUCUCGUCAGCGGCGAGAGGAAAUUCUUGCCAACCGGAUCGAGCGCUUGAGAAAGCAGAAGGAAAGGCGGGAGUUGGAUACCGUGCGCUUCAUCCGCUCAAUGCAGAUGUUGCAGUGCGGUGCCCACCCCCAAGCCCCAGUCCAGGCCUCGUAUGACAAAGACGAGGAUGAGGGGCUGGUGGAGUACAGGAAGAAUUGCCCAAAAACCAUGAAAGAAAAAGUAUUAGAUCUAGAGAUGAAACUCAAUUACCACUUUGAGAGACAAGGGCGUGAUGAGCCACAGAGGAAACCCUUAGUGGACCACAAAGAAGAAUUCUCUGAUAAGGUCAGAGAUCUCGAAGCCAAAUUUACUGCCAACUCUUCUUCUCAUGCCUCUGAUAAAAAGCCAAAGGACCUGAUUCGUGCCAUUGGUAAGAUUGAGAAGUCUGACUGGAAUAUGGUGGCUAUAGAGAAGAAGAUGCAUGAAGAUAGAUUUGGCAUGGAAGUACAAAAAGAAAGAGAAAGGGUUCCCAAGUGGAACAGAGAUGCAUACGAUGACAAGGCUGACAAGUUCCAAAAUAUUGAGAGGCGACUAAGAGAAAAUGGUGAAGAUGAAGAGACAAUUGCCAAAUACAGGGAUAUUGAUGCCUCUCUGAAGCGCUUAGAAAUGAAGUUGCGUGAAGGAUCCACGCUCGAAACAGGCCUACGCGGACAGAAUAAAGUGUCUAACCUAGCAUCUCAGCUGUCUUCCAAGUGGGAAAGGAAGGAGACAGAGAAGAUUCCAAUUACCCGACAACCGUCAAGACCAAUGGUGCCCUUGCCAACUUCUGGAUCUGAUUUGUGCCACUUCUGUGGUAACCGUGUGUAUCUUGUGGAGAGAUUGAGUGCUGAAGGAAAGUUCUUCCAUAGACAGUGCUUUAAGUGUGACUACUGUGCUGCUAAUCUUCGUCUCGGUAAUUAUAUAUAUGACCGUGAGGGGACUUACGGAGGCAAGUUCUUCUGCAUACCCCACUUUGGUCUAACCUCAAGAGCCAGAGGUGUAAGGCGCAAGGUUGAGGACACAGACAGUGCCAAAGAAAACAUUGUACCACCUGCUGCUUCAAGCACACCACAACCUAAGGUUCAGGUACCGGUAAUUGGUGGUGGUGGCGGUGCAACAGCUGCUCUCCUGACUGUUACGGGAGGAGCCAAAGUGGGCACCCCCACCACCAUCUCCCCGGAGGACCGAGGGACCACACCAGAACGGGUUGAAUUUGAGAAUUCCGUGGUUGAGCAAAGUGACGAGGAAGAGUACCUCUCUGAGGACGAGUGGACCGACAGGAACUUUGGGGCUUCGGCAAAUGAGUUGGAUGACACGGACGGAGAUGAGGAUAGUGACUAUUCUGAUUUAAGUGAUGAAGAGGUUGAAGACGAAGAAAUGGAAUUUAUAGAGGGUGGUGGCACUCUGACAGCUGCUGAAACUCGUAGACUUGCUGAAUCUUGGCAGAGACGUUACUCAACAGACCGCCUUGAUGAUGAUGAUGGGGUAUCAGGUCAUGAGACAGAGUCUGAUUUGGAAUCUGAUAAUUACAGUGAAGAAUAUGGAGCUGAAGGUGAUGAAAGUCAUACAGCAACAGAAGGUGAAGGUGGUGAUGAUGACGAUGAAGAUGAAGAUGGAGAGGCAGUUAAACGUGCGCGUGAACUUCGCCGCAUGGAGGUUAACAUUGAUGUAACCGCACCACCAAGAAAGGCUGAAACAUCAGAUAGUGGAUCUGAUACAGAGGUUGCAUCUGAUGAGGAGAGUGAGGAAAGUGACACCCAGAUUGACACAGAUUCUGAGUUUGCUGAAGAUCAUGUACAGCCAGGGCCCCCGAAGGAGAUUCCAACCAUUGUCAUCGAUGAGUCGCAAGACACUCACCACUUAAGCCACAGCCCUGAGCCACAGAAUAAAAAAUCACCUGCAAAACCAUCUCCAGAUAGGAAGGGUGACCCCAGAAGUGACCUUGUUGCACAGAAGGUUGACCUCGGGAAGAUAGAAAGCCAAGCCAAGAAUUCCAAUGACAAAGACUGGUCUCCGGAAGGGGGUGAAAAGAGUGCCAGCCUGACAAAUCUGAAUAAUGCUGGCAAAAUUGACCUACAUGCUGAGCAGCUAAAGAGGCUUCUGCAAAGGACAGAGUCCACAGAGGCAAUUGCUGCCAAGAGAGCCCUGCAGCUGAAGCGUCAGUACCUCUUGGGGGAGUCUGCAAACUUGCCUCGGAAAUCAGUGUCAACAGCAGACUUAGGCAAUAGGUUUAAGAGCUUCAUGGAAAAGAUCUCGGAAACUCAGAAGAUGCUGAAUCCAGCCCCACAGCCUAGUGCAGCUAUGCAAGCAUUCAUGAGCACCUCUGUGCCAGCCACCAGAUCUCCCAUUUCAUCCCCAUCAUCCCCACAUUUACCUGCACGGUCCAUUUCUCUGCCUCAGGGUGAUGCAUCUUCAGACUCGACUAAUGCUGACAAGAAUUCAACUGAAACUGCGUCUACUACAAGCAAAGACGUCACCUUAGACAUCACCACACGUGUUGAAUCCUCGGUGUAUCCAGUAGAAGCUUCAAAUAAUGAGAAAAUAGAGGAUGGUGAUGACAAGUUAAAAAGCUUCCCCUUGUCUCUAGGAUCAGAGAGUGAUAAGAGUAAGGGAGCUGUUUCUGCACCAGAGAAAAGCUUCAGUGCUGUGCCUGUGCAAGUCAGCAGUAGUGAGUCAAGCAGCAGUUCAUCAAGUGAGAGUGAAUCAGAUUAUGAUAAUGUGCCUUCAGGUCAUAAAAAGUCAUUUGUCCAUAAAAUACCAUCAGCAAUUGAUAUGCGGGAAGAGAAGUUGUUAGCUGCAAAGAAUGAUAAUGUAAGGACAUCUGAGGGUAAUAGUGAUGAUGCCAAAGCCAAGCCUGCAGUAUCUAAAGACAGUGCCGAUGCUCAGCCACAACCUAGCUGUGAUAAAAAGAUAGCAGAUGAUCGCAUGGAAGUAUGUGCAUCGGAUGGCGAUGACUUUGGCUUAUCAAAGCCAGGGCAAAGUGAAAGUGAAGGGGUUGAAACCAUUAAUCAGGAGUUAGUAAGAGUGAAUGCUCCACGGUCUCUAGAUCAGAUGCAAGUUGAGUGCGCAAGCCUUGUUAAGGAGGAAGCACAACCAGUGGUGAAACAAAGUGAUUUGAUUGAAUCUCAGAAGGUCGAUGAGUCACAGAAAUCAAUUGAUGAACUCUUUGAUCAGCUUGCUAAUGAUGCAGUUGAAGACAUUGAAAGAUUUUCAGAAUUGGUUGAAUCACCUGAAGUGAAAGCGAGUGGAGUUUUGCAUAAGGAACAAGCUCAUGUAAAAGAUAAUGCAGUCAAAGAUAGUGAUAGAAAAGUAAGUGAGAGUACAAGUUCAGAACAGAGUGUAUUGGCAAAGGUUGUUGCUGAAAAAUCUGCAGAACCCACAGAUAUUGGCAAAACACAUGAGCACAGCCAGGAGGAAGUUAAAAGUGAACCAAUGAUAGUUGAACCUUCUGUUGAGAUUGUAAUUGAAGAGUGUAAAAAAACUAAAGACACUGAAAUGAUGGAAGAAAAACUUUCUCCCAGAAGUUUGUUAGACGCUGAUGUGUCAGAGAGUAAGUGUUCCCUGAAGAGCUCAAUAGAGGAUGAUGAAGGGUCUGAAAGUAAAAGGUCUCAUAAGAGUACCCUAGAUGAGGAUAUCUCUGAGAGCAAAAGGUCCCUGAAGAAAGAUGUCCUGUCGAGCCCAGAGGGAAAGGAGCUCACAGAAGCUGAGCUCUCUGACUGGGCUGGAGACAAUGAUGGUUUUAGUGCAGGAGAAGACCUAGAGAUUGAGGUUAACCAGACAAGCCGACUCUCUGUCAAGAAAGGUACCUCCAAGACCAUAGCCCGGAUAGCCUCAGAGGAGAGCCUUGGGGACACAGAUUCAGCCAUUUCCACCGGCCCAAGCAAGACUGCCUCAGUGCCUUCAAAACCGAGUGUUCUGGCUGACCUGGAAGGGAUUGAGUAUAUGGACACAGGCGGUGAAAGUGCGAGUAGUCCCGAGGAGGUCUCGCACAUCAAAGAAGGCUACACGAAACUAGGAGCUGAGACUCCCACAACUCCUGUUGCGCCACAGAUUUCCAUGGUUGGCACGGAGAAUUUAUCUGGCUGUGAUAGCAAGUCCUCUGACAGCACAAGUACUGAAUUAGAGGACUCAUCCCAGAGUAGUGUUCAGGAAGCACUAAACAACAAUAUCAUCAAAGAAGAUGCAGUUCCGCUGUUAGAGAAUUCACCAGAGGAGGCAAAAGACAUUCCAGAAGAGCCCAGAAGUAUAUCUGAACCACCAUCCUUGAGUGAAAGUAAACCAAAGUUCAGCAGUGAACAGCGUCGUGAUUCUCUAGAUGAUUAUGUUACCAAGAGCAGGUAUGAGGGAUAUAUUCCAAGGUUUAAGGAGAGAGUGAGUCCAUUUGGAUAUGUGAGGGAUUCCCUGGAUGUGAGAAGAAAUUCAACUAAAAGUCCUUUAUUCACUCCUACAAAACAAGACAUUGAGGAGAGGGAGAAAAAUGAAAAUCGCAAUGAAAAAUUGACAGUUCCUGCAACUGAAAAUGUCUCCUUGGUGUCACCUAACACAGCAAAGAAGCAAAUUGAAAAGAGUCUAAAAGGGAAAGAUAAGGAAAAGGAAAAAGAUCUAAUUCGAGAAAUGGUAAUGUCUAGAAUAUCACGCAAAACACCAGACAAGAAUACAAGAAGAGGAUCAAGAACAUCUAUUAGUCCACUCUCGUCCACAAGUUCACGUACUUCACUCUUUAGUCCUCAGUCAUCUCAGGAGAAUCUGCUUGAGAAGGUUGAUACACCAAUAAAUGGAAGUACAGAUAACAUAACCAAUGGAGAGGUACCAGAAAAGAAGACCAUUCAUGCUGACUGCAAGAAAUUGCUAAGGUUAGACACGGUAACGUCGGACUUACCUGAAAGUGGCGAUACAUUUGAUGCUGAAGAAAAGAGGAUGAAGGUCAGAGUUGGGGCUGCAUUCAGGCAAGACAGUGUCUUGGGCAGUGGUGCCAAGAGAAGCAUCUCAGAAGUUAGUGGAGAUCUUCCUGAAAGUGGACAGACUUUCCAAGCUGAGGAGAACAGAUCCAAAGUGCGAGUUGGUUCCAUGUUCAGAGAGGACAGUGUUCUUGGAACUGUAGGGAAACAUGGAAGUCUCCAAGAUGUAAAUGUACCAUUUGCUGAUGAUAGCCAAGAUGAAGAGGUGUUUGUAUUAAAGGAAGAUGAGAAAAAUAUUGUAGUGUCGAGUAAAAAAGUUCCAAAGAGCCCCAGGAAGGAAAAGUCUCCAAGGAAGAGCUCUCCAAUUAAAGAGGUCCCAAGCCCAUCUCACAACAACCUUCCAGCAACACCACUAACACAUCCAGAGCAGUUUGACCAACCUUGUCCAAAGCGAGAGCUGUUCAAGGUACCUACGACGAUAGCUCCAACACCCCCUCCAAGGACACAGCAUGCAGCUUCAUUAAAGGGAAUGUACACUCCAAUAGGUGUAGAGAGACCCAUUUCAACUCCAAAUUUAAGUACUGUUGAGCGAGAAAAGGUCAGAGAAGAGGCUAGGCUUCGUGCCAAAUUGAAGACAGACUUAGACCUAGGGUUAAGUCCUCCUAAUUUGGCUGAUAAUUUGCGAGAAAAACUUAAAAAGGGAAGCGUGAGUGAGAGUGAAUGUGACCGGGAAGAUCGUGUCAAAGAUUCCUUAUUAAGAACAAACACAACUUCUAAGGGAGAUGAAGUGAGAGCUAAGGACAAAGAACACCCUGUAAGAAAAGAUGUUCCUGUCAAAGGAGAGGAACCUAGAACGAAAGAUAAAGAGGAACGAGUGAGAGAGUUGCUUGCAGAACAACGAGAGCAUCGUCAGCGUGAACCCGAGGGCAAGAAGGAGGAAUGGUGCAACAAAGAUGACCGUGUCAGGGAGAGGCUGGAAGAGUACAGGCAGAAACGAAGAGGAAGCACCAAGAGCUCUGAAAACGGAGAUUCACGCCCCAACAGCCAGUUACUACGCAGAACCACACACCGGCCCUCUCUUCUCGAGCUGGAAUCACUUCAAGUCUUCACCUCCUCCCCAAGCAAAGGUCCUGCUCCUACAGCAACCUUAUCCACCACCAAUACAACACCAAGCAUCAGCUCAUCAUCAUCUACAAUUACCAAUGCUCCAAGUGAUCAGAAGUCCAUAUCAAUAACAUCAGCACCUGCAGCUGUCAUGUCAACAACAGCACCAUCUAGCAAACAGGUUGAAGACACGCCAGCCUCAGAGAAAACACAGGAGAAAAAGUCUGGAAAGAAAUCAAAGGAUCGGGAAAGGAGGCGCAGUCUUAUACAAGUGUUUACAGGUAUGUUCAGCAAAUCAGGGGAUGAGAAAAAGAAAAAUGAGCAGCAGCAACAAGGUAGUGAUGUGCAAGACAGUGGAAGCAAAGCAGCGGCGCAGCAGACCAACGUUGCCCCUGCUGAGACUCCUAAGUGCGCUCCCAAGAGUCCAUCGAGCAUGAGGGACAAGCUCUCAAAGCUGAGACUCUCAAGAUCCAAGGAAAAGAAAGCGGUUGAGAAGGGCAGAUCUACCAGUGCUGACAUUCUUGAUGACCGUGGGAGCAGUGACGAUACCCGCUCUGCCUUCUCCCUCCCCACUUCUCCCUCCCGCCGUCCACUCUCCUCCCUAACUUCCCCAUUCACUAAAGCCUCAUCACCACCUCAAGCAUCAGGAUCUGCAUAUUCCUCCUCUCCCCAAGUGCGUCUCGCCACCCCGAGAAUCGAAGAGGAAUCUCUUUCGGAUGAUGACGGUGGUAGCCCAGCUGGAACACCAAGUGGGACACUGGAUCGAAGCGGCCAGGUCCCCGGCUCCAACUCAGCCAGCCGCAGACAGAGAAAUGCGGCACUCAGGGCAGCGCGGCAAGCAGAACUAAAGAGGUUGAGAAUGGCACAGGAGAUCCAGCGGCAGUUAGAAGAAUGUGAAGUGAAGACGAGAGAACUGGAGGAACGAGGAGUAGCUGUGGAAAAAGCAUUACGAGGAGAAGGUGGCGGAGCGAAUCGUGACGAAGCUGAGCUCAUGGGUGACUGGUUCUCCAUGGUCCACGAGAAGAACGCCCUCGUCCGGUGGGAACAGGAGCUCAUGGUCCGUGCCAAGGAGCUGGAGCUGGAGGACCGGCAUGUCAGACUUGAGCACGAGUUAAGGCGGCGCAUGGCUCUCUCUGAACAUGAAAAGUCGCGAGAAGACAUUGACCGAGAAGGUACCAUACUCGCAGAAAUCCUGAACAUCCUGGAGCAGAAAGAUGCCUUAGUCAACAUGCUGGAGGAGGACAGACAGAGGUGCGACCACAGCCACCACCAACACCACCACUCGAACAAAAACCCUUCCCCCAGCACCUCAGACACCAGUGAAAAGCUUCCCCAAAUCCAUAUAACCAACCUGCCUUGCAACCCAAUCGAGUGUUCCCCCACCACUGCCGUCUCACCUCCUCACCUGACUACCAUUCCCCAGAGCUUUAAAGAUUCACACACAGCCAUCGCAUCCUUUUCUAAGUUGUCUUCCCUUCUACCCGCUAACAACAAAGGACUCUUGACAUCCUUGUUGAACCCAGACUCGAGCCAGUGCUCUAGCUUGACGUCAGUGCUGCAUGGUAGCUUAACUCCUUCCUCCUGUUCUUCCCAGAGCUCAGCUAACGUUUCUGUAGCUUCAAGCAGGCGCUCUAGUCAGUUUGAUCAGUUUCCACAGAACAGCAAGCCAAGUGUCUUUGAUAUAGAUCCAUGUAGCAGAAUGUGCACGCAUGCUCAGCACGCUCGAAGGAAGGUGAACCUUUUCAGCAGACUAAGCCGUGUAAGGCGCACAACAUUACCUGACCUUAGCCCAGGAGAUGGGGAGCCCUUUUCAGACCCGCCCCUGCACUAUCGCCGCUAUAGCCUUUCCAUCCACGUCCCAUAUCGCAUGCCAACUACCAACAGGGGUACAUGGAAGAAGACCGGGACCUAGAAUCUGUUAUGCUUCGGAAAGGAUUACAACUCUCGCCACUAAGAAGGGAAACGGGUGUAUGAACGCGUUGUAAGCAAGUGCAGUCAGUUCGUCUUGUGCAUGAUAAGGUGCUGAUAAGAUAGAAAGUUAGAAAGGCUGGCCAAGAUAAGUUUUGGGAGAUUGUUGCCCUGGUGUUAUAUCUCAAAAACUAAAAACUGUUCGGUUAUCUUCCUCUACAAGCUCGUUGUGUCUAUUACCCCUUUUAUAAUGCAGACAAAAAGAUGUUCUUCCGUUUGUGUUUUAGUCAUUUUAUUUUAUUUUUUAUUUUUUUUUUCCAUCUCUCUCACUCAAAGAACUGUCGGUGGGCACUUUCAGAUGCUUUUUCAUGCAUCAGCUUUGGGAACUUCUCAUUAGUAGUAGAAGGUAGGAUUCACAUUUUAUGUCUGAAUAAAUGGUUUAAUUUUAGGUUUCAUUUUACAAUUUUAUUGUAUUUUUGAGGUUGACCAGUGAUAACGUCUGUAUGUGUACCCAUAUGUAUGUAUAUAUAUACAAUCUGUGUGUUUAUGUACAUAUAUAUGUUACCGGUUACCAUAUAUACAGUUUUGUAGUUACCUUUUAAUUGUCUACAAUUACUUGUUGAGUCAGUAUUGAGCAAGAGGUAAUUUUGCAACUUUGAGGCUGUACGAAGUGUCAUUUUCCAGACAAUAAUUUUUUUUAUUAAAAAAAAAAAUAACAAAGACGAAAAAAUUUAAGGUAGCAUUCUGUUCUUUGAUCAUACUUAGAUUAAAAGUGAGGGUAUGAGAAGUUAUGCUGUUCCUGAUGUUUGUAGCAGUAUCAUCUAAUAGUGCUUUAAGAAAGACGUUUAUUGCUAGAAAGGUGCAAAGUUGCUGGUGGGAGAAGUACCCUAAAGUGUGAAGAAGCAGACCUGUUUAAAUAGUAAAUAUAUUCAGUUUGUACAUAGCCCUGUUGCCACAUCUGGCUGAGGAUUUUUUUUUUUUUUUUCUAAACUAAUAUAGCUGAUCAUUACACUGUAUAUGUAAUUAUGAAGGCAAUUGGUUGAGUUUUGUUUAAAAUGGUGCCUUUUAUCAUAGGGUCAGCAGCAAAUAUAUGUGUAUAAUUGUAAACUUAAAGCUGCUUCUGACCUUUGAUCAUUUGCAGAUCCAUUUAAUUUUAUUUGAAAGGCCAUAUAUGAUGGUCUGCAGCUGUUUAUUGGGUCCAUUUUAGAUAAACAUACACAGGCACAGACACACAUAUGCUCAGUGAAAAUUUGGGAUUACUUUCGUUAAUUCGUCAACACACCUGUAUGGGCAAAUAAAAGGGUACUUGAUCAGUGUACAGUAGACGGUUUCAUUUUUUUUUUUUUUUUUUUUUUUUUAUAUAUAUGUAGUCUCGACCAAAUCCAGAAUCUUUACUGGCUUGUUUUAUGGUACUGAUAUUAUUCUCAGUGGUGUUCUUACAUUAUUCUAUUUAUUUGUUACAAGUAAUUGCUCUCUUAAUUAAUAUGUAUGUUAUACUUGAAAUGACUGUAACUGUCAUAAAAUAUAUUUUAUAAGGGAGCAUUUCUUUAGCAACACUACAUUGGUAUAAUUAAAAUUGUACUUUUUUCUACUUUGAAGUGUAGCUUUAAUUCAUGCAUUUGUAAAUAUAUCAACUCUGGUAUAGAAGAAAAUCACAUUGCAUGAAACCUACUUAUUUUAAGGCAGUAUGUUAUUACUGGAAAAAGAAAUGGUUUCUCAGAUGAGGAAUGAAGUGAUUUUAUUCUUCUUAAAAGGAUCAAACUUUUUUCUUUCUUUUUUUUUUUUAUGUGGACAGACAGGAUAAAUAGGAAAGAUCCAGCGGGAUAGACAAGAAAGUGUUAGUGUGAUAUAGCAAGAAUGUUGAGUAUGCCAUCAGCUGAUGUUAAAUGAUGGGAGAGCAAAGGCUUCAAUUGAUUUCCUUGUAUAGAACAUUUUCUUAUUAGUCUUUGCUUUUAUUUAAUAUUCAGGUCUGUAAUGAUUCAAUUCAUAGAUAUUGUAAAUUUGCAAUGAUUUUAUUUAUAUAACUUUUUUACAGAUUUCAUUGUAUCAUGUACAGUGCAAUGAUGUUAUAAUUGGCUACUGUUUCAUACUGUAUCAUUAUUUACCAUGGUGCUCUUAGUAAAUAAAAUCUUUGAA